AAAACAGUGAACAGUAGGGGAGAGCAGACUUAAAGAAAUGUUUUAAAAUAGUUUCUAUUUAACGCCUAAGCAAAUUCAUUUACGUUUAAUAAGCAAUCAGUGAAACUCCAUAGACCAGCUAUGUAAAACAGUCUCCAGCGUAUUGUCAGCACACGCUGUGCAGAAAGUUUUAUUUCUUUCUCAAAUGAGAGGGAGAUACGAAGGAGGGUCCAGGAUGCGGAGCGCCACCCGUGCAUCCGGCCUUCUGGCUGUCAUUCUGCUCCACGUGGCGGGAUAUGGCAAAAGCUGGGCAGACCCCCUUGUGAAUAUGCGCAAGGUGACACAUCAGGUGAUCCACGAGAAGCUGGCCGGCACCACCUUCCUCCCGUGUGUGUUUACUCUGCGCCCUAGCCCCUCCCACGAGCCCCCGCGCAUCAAAUGGACCAAACUCUGGGGGCAGAGAGGUCCAGAUGGGAUGCAGAGGGAGCAGUCAGUGCUGGUGGCCAAGGACAACAUCAUCAAGGUGAAGAAGGCCUUUCAGGGCCGCGUCACCCUGCCUGGAUACCCAGAUAACCGCUACAAUGCCACUUUGGCCCUGACUGGUCUACGGUCUAGUGACUCAGGCAUGUACCGCUGUGAAGUGGUAGUUGGAAUUAAUGAUGAACAGGACACAGUGCCCCUAGUGGUCUCAGGUGUCGUGUUUCACUACCGCGCAGCCCACGACCGCUACGCCCUGUCCUUUACGGAGGCCAAGCGCGUGUGUCUAGAAAAUUCCGCAGUCAUCGCCACGCCCGCUCAGCUGCAAGCCACCUUCGAUGACGGCUACGACAACUGCGACGCGGGCUGGCUGUCCGAUCAAACCGUCAGGUAUCCAAUUCAGUCACCAAGGCCAGGUUGCUAUGGAGACAGAGAGGACUCACCUGGUGUGAGGAAUUACGGUAGCAGGGCCCCAGACGAUCUGUUUGAUGUCUACUGCUACGCCGAGGAACUGAAGGGCGAGGUUUUCCACGCCACCGUGCCCGAGAAGCUGAGUCUGGCCAAGGCCCCCGCACACUGCCACUCCCUGGGCGGCCAGCUGGCCACCGCUGGGCAGCUUUACCUGGCCUGGCAGUCGGGCCUGGACCGCUGCGAUCCCGGCUGGCUGGCAGACGGCAGCGUGCGCUACCCCAUCAACCAGCCCCGCCGGAACUGCGGGGGGGGCGAGCCGGGGGUGCGCACCGUCUACCUGAACCCCAACCGCACCGGCUUCCCGGACACGACGACCCCCUUCGACGCUUACUGCUACAGAGAGACACCAGCAGGAAAUCCAUCAGAACAAGCUGUGGGGCUUCUUCAUUCCAGGACACCUGUGAAUGACUCCACGGAAGCCGGGCAGAGCAUCCUGAGCUCUCAGCUAAGUGUGGUCUCAAACCUGUCCCGGGCUGAGCCUUCCACCUGGACUGGUUUGGUGGACCUGGACAAAGAAGGGACGGACUCCAUUAUGGGCAACGAGUCUGAGAUUUCAGAGGAACACGUGGUGAUCCAUCUCAGGUCGGAGCAGGCUCCUCUCGACUGGGCCGAGCAGCUGGGUGCAGAGGUCCAGGGUCCCCAGGAGGUACUGGCUCCAAAAAUCACGACGGUCCUGCUACCUUCAGCACUCGAGAGCCUGGACAGCCACGGAGGCUCUGCCAGAGAGGAGGAAGCAGAUGAAGAUCCUGACGUGCGUUCAGGUUCAUCACUCCCACCGGUCUUCUCUACUCCCACCCCUACAGUCAAGGCCCAGACCAGCAGCACUCUGAUCUCGAAUAUCAUGGGCUCCUUCAUAAGACCCUGGAGGUAUCUGACGGGGUCUUCUGAGUCAGAAUCACCAUCCACACAGGCAACCCCGAGCACAGAGAGCCUAUCGGAGAAUCAGGAGCCGACAGAGUCGGGAAGGGGAACUCCACCAGGAGUCAAGGAUGAAUAUAGCAAAAGUAGCCACAAAAAUGCCAUAUUGGAGAGUUUCGGGGAACAGGAAUCACGCAGAGUCUCAGAAGGCUACGCAGCAGACUCAGAUGAGGAACUCUCUCAGUGGGAGAGGGAAAUCACCUCUGAGCCAAAGCACGGUGUUGCAGCUACAAAGACGAGUUGGAUGAAUCCUACUGGAAUCCCUACUGAGACUCCGGAAGCGCUCGAGACGGUCUCCUCUGGUGGAGUAAUUGUAUCAGAGCAUGCAGAGGUCACGAAUAUGACUGAAUCAUCUGGCUUCUCUGGUCCUGGGAAUGUGCCAGUGUCGACCACUUCGCCAGGCAGCUAUGACGCACCGAUACUCAACUCCACAACGGGAUGCACACAAUGUUCUCCAGAAAGCCUUGUGGCAACCUCAUUGACAACACGGAACGAAGAGUACAUGUCAGCGAGUCCAACCAUGGGCAGCAAUCCUCAGACCAAUGCCCCAGUAGACUCCACAGUGGAUAUGUCAACAGAGCUGCCCACACUGAUGGAAAACUUAUCUGAACCUCAUGACCUGGAUGAUGCUUCAGAGGAACUCCCUAAAUCUUUGGAGGCCAGGGCUGAAGCUGUUGAACUCUUGGUUUUACCCUCCUCUAAAGACAUCCCAGAUCAUUUCUCUGGAGAGGGGAAAGAUCAAGAAGAAGAGGUUGCCUACCCGCUUCCCAAAGAGCCUUUUGCAAAUGAUGUAUCACCUCAACCAGCUUCAGAAAGCUUCACCUCAGAAGUUGAGCAUGAAGCUGAGGGAAGUGGGAUGGGCUACGAGAUUCUCAUUGGAUCAAGCUCUGACAGUCACAUUGCCACUGAAAACCCCUCAAAUCAUCCUCCUUCCUUACCACCCACUUCUACACCAACUGGCAGCCAGACAAUUAAUCAAUACACCACCAUCAGGCAGUGGGGGAUGGAAGAUCAGCCAACCACAUCACCUCACAUUAGCACUAACUCCACUAACCUACAGCAACACAUACUUGAAGAGGUUGCCACAGAGAUAAGAGAGGAGGUUCUUUUUACUAGUCUUCCUUCUGGUAACCCAGAAAGCACCACUUCCAGCAGAGACAGUAUGAAUGAAUAUGAAAAGCCCGUGGACAUGUCAACAACAUCGGAUGCAUGGUUAACCACAGGGGUUCCUGUCACAGGGCUUCUUUCCACCAACAGGAAACCAACAGAAAAUUUACCUACAAAUGAAUCAAAAGAUGGUGUGACUGAAGUUCCCUCAGAGAAUGAUCCCGAGUCAAUUACAGAUCUCAAUAGCUCCUACUCAUUGGUAUCAACGGAGAAGGUAACCUUUGGUACCGAAGACCUCCAGCAUUAUGUCUCGGAGGUGCUUUUAGGUCUUGAGAAGUCCGAUUCUGGCACUACCUCAGAGGAACCAACCAUGUUGACACCAAGUCUCAGGGAAACUGCCCACAAUGCUGAGUCUCAAUCCACAGAGUCGUUGGCCGUCGUGAUGCAGACCGGGGCGACCCCAGCACCAGAGAUCAGUUCGCCUACUGACAGAACUCACCUUCUGACUGUCGGAGUUCAGUUCCCCAGCAGCACGGGAGUUGAGGACUGGCCCAGUUCUGAACUCAGCCCAGAUAACGAAACUAAGACCUCCGCAGCUGAGGACAACCCCUGCCAGACCAACCCCUGUCUUCACGGAGGGAGCUGCCUGCCUGAAGGGAAUGGCUACGGCUGCUACUGCCCACAGGGAUACUCCGGGGAGAGCUGCGAGAUCGAUAUCGACGACUGCCAGUCAAAUCCGUGUCAGAACGGAGGCACCUGCAUCGACGAGAUUGACUCCUUCGUCUGCUUGUGCCUGCCCAGCUACGGAGGGGCCACAUGUGAGAAAGACACAGAGGGCUGCGAACACAACUGGAGGAAGUUCCACGGCCACUGUUACCGCGCCUUCAGCCACCGGCACACCUGGGAGGAUGCCGAGAAGGACUGCCGGGAACACCGCGGCCACCUGGUCAGCAUCCACUCGCCGGAAGAGCAGGACUUCGUCAACGUUCUCCCUUCCCCAGUGCUGUGCGGAGCGCCCCCUACUGUGGACAAUGCAUUCCUGAUUGGCCGGAAGCGGUCCCACUACGACAUCCACUCGGUGGUGCGUUACCAGUGCGCCGACGGCUUCCUCCAGCGCCACGUGCCCACGGCCAAGUGCCGCGCCAAUGGGAAGUGGGACCGGCCCAAGAUCAUCUGCACAAAGCCUCGGCGAUCCCACCGCUACCGGCGCCAUCACCACAAGUCCCGGCACGAGCGGCGGAAGCACAGGAAGCACGGCGCCGGCGGUCACCACGGCGACGAGGACGGCCGCGGUCACUAUUAAGCGGAAGCGCCCUGAGCCUCAGCUUCUCGCCCUCCCCCCCCGGCCCCGCCCUUCGGGGUCAGGCUGCCGCUUCAGCUCGACCGGGAGGCUUGAGAGGCGACCGCCAGGCCUGCAGGGGACUAUAGCAAGCCUUUCCUCCGCCCUCAUCCUCAUUUUCCCUCCCCCAUUCCGUCUCAGACUUUAAAGAAUCCGUCCCCUUUAUCCUCUCGAUUAUUCCAGAUCGUUCCUCCCUUUUUCUAAGGCCGCUGUUCGUCUUUAAUAUUCAUUUUACGGUAGAGGAUGGAAUUUAGUAAACAACUAGUUGUAAAUACUGUAUCCUUUUCAGAGGUGGAGCAUUCAGAUCCAGAAAGUAUAAAUCCAGACCAAGAUUUUGUUCCAACCAGCCCGUUAAGUACCCUGUGAAUGUGACUCUUUAUGCUCAGCUGGUUGGUUGAAACGAAACCUUGGUCUGGAUUUGUACUUCCGGGAGCUGAACUUUCCGCCCCUGAUCCUUCUUCACACGUGCAGAGUGUCAGGCCAGGGAGCAGAGGCAGGUGUGCAUUUGCACGCUUGUGGCCCUUUAGCACUGACUUUAUUUCUUUCUGGACAUCGGUGUGGCCCUUAAAGCGACGGUUUUUGCUUUGCUUAUUUUAAAGAUGGACGUCUCAUCGCGAUUCACCCCAAAGGGUGUUUUUUUUUGUAUCUCAUAUCUCUUUUAAACCUUCCCUGUUUUCUUCAAGAAGAGUAGUGGUAUGUACUAGAUCUCUCUCAAUUCGCUGUCGUAUCUUUGCAUCGCAAAGAGUAAUAUUCAGACACCAGUAAGAAUGUGGAUUAGUGAAAGUAUCCAGUCGUUUAAGAUCUUCAGCAGCAGUGUCGGGUCUAUUCGCUUGGGUCCGGCUACGGGAAUGAAGCGAUCUCACGCAUGGGAGACCUUUCACCGCAUGGAAGGUGAAGGCAGUGUGGAGCAGAAGGAUCGAGGGUGGAGCAGAGAGAGGGCAGUUGAGGGGGGGGACAUGGGCACAUGUAUCUGAGAUGUGGUGGGGGCCAGGGUCUGAGGGUCUACAGAAGGGCCAUGUCGAUUAAGGGUUCUGCCAUGUGGGUGUUCACCGCUUCGGACGAGUAGAGCACAGAUGGUUUGCAGAGGGUCAGAUUCUGCGUGGCCUCUCCGUGAAGCCUGCCUUCCUGAUAUCAAGCCGGAAUUACCGGUUCAGCCCCUUUCCCAGCCAUCCGGGGUCUUUCUGCUGCCUCUGCACCUCAUGGAAUAAUGGGGAACCGGGCUGAAUGUCUGCACAGUCAAUCUUAAUACAGCCCGUUCAAUAAUUUAUACGCUGUAUCUCCGCAGCAUCUGUCACUCAGAGCAAUAAGAGGCUGUUUCUACCUGCAUUUCUGAUACUUGUAUUUCCCAGACUUUAUAUUGUGACAUCACAAUGGCCGCGGCGUGAUUGAUUCCAGCGGGGAUACAAUUCAUCCGGCAGGCUUAGGUUCCACCUGUCAGUCAUCACCACGGAAACGCUGCCGCCGAAAAGAAUUAGCCAGAAGGCGAAUCGGGGGGCUUGCAGGGGCUUUGCAGCCAGACCAGAGAGCGAUUGAUCUCUCAGGUGCAAAUUUGGCGCGGAUCUUCAUAGGCAGAUUGUUGGCAGAUGACUCUGAGACGCAUCGUUCCUAUUAAAAAUGACUCAAUGUCCCUUAUGCGCCCCCCACUCCCCACAACCCCCCUCCCACCACAGACUCCCCGGUUGCGGCCUCAAAAGGCAGACAAGCGGCCUCAGACGAGACAGCCUGAUUGCAGACUCUGAUUAGGAAGAUGAAGCACUAAAUAGGAGCCGCUCUUAGCCCCGGGGCGAGACUUCAAAAGCCAGCUGCGGCUUUCCUAGCGGCCUGGCUUUUCAUCCCGCUCGCCGCGCUGCCAUUCACAGCCCGUUUACGAGCCGCGAGAGAGCCAGCUCCUUAACGAGUCUGCUUUCCACGCUCACCGCCGUCUUCAUCCCUUCCUUUAUCGGCCGUGAGUGUCUCAGAUGUGUCGGCGGGCGUGUGUUUCAGUGGUAAGACUGGAUUUACGGCACAGCAUCGCGGCAAGCGUAAUUACCGACAGCGACGGGCGAGAGCCGUUGGCCUAUUAUGACCCUAUAGGGGUUGAUCCCUGCCCACACCAUCGUAAAAAUAAAAGAUUAAUGUUCGGAAGCACAAGAUGAAGGAAACUUUUGUCCUGCUGUCGAGGCGACACAGGUGUGGGGAAAUAGGACAGGGAAGCGGCGAGCGGUCAGAGGAACCCGGUGAGACACCAUUCCCUCUGUUUAAUAUAGACUUUUCACGAGAACCACAGAUCCAUCAAUGACUACAGCAGAGCUCCUUGUUUUUUUUUUGGGUUACAAAUGUGAUAGAGCCCGAUGAGCUCGGCUCCCAUGUGAGCUAACGGCUAAGUAAGCGGCAGGCUGAGCUGUGUCACCUGCCGCUGCAGCAUGGAUCGGCAUCCCCGACAGCCCCCGGCUGGCGUGUGUGUUUGUGGGGGGGGGGGGUCGCUGCCGAGGGACAUGUGGCUGUCACAAAUCCGCAGGUUAACGGGGGCAGUGCUGUCUCCGUCAUCCGUGCAGCCUUGUUGCUGCCGGAGAUCCGUGUGGCAUCCCUCUCCUCAGUGGUCACAGCGUGUGGAGGAGGCAGGAGAGCCAUUCGGACCCAGAAUGGCGGAUAAUCAAAACUGCAGCAAAACUGAACCUCACACUGGGCAUAGCCAAGCGCCUAGCCCCCCCCCCCCACGCAAAGGCUCUGAUCCGCUCUCCACCGCGCUCUCAUUAGAAGUGGCCUUCUGUCCCAGCUGUGACUCAGACGACCAAAAGAAAAGCCCCAGAGAGGUGAUGGUAUCGGGGGGGGGGGGUUUAAGGAUCUCUGUAGGGUCUCCGGUGAGACGGGCCGAGCCCAGAAUUUAAGGGCCAAUGACAGAGCACACGUGAACACAGCUCUCGUCUGCUGCACUAGAGGGGCGGGGCUUGGAGGUAUAUCCGUACAGGAUAUCCAUUUGGUGGGAAAAGCUGCAGUCAGUCACACAUGCACUACAUGUGCGCUUUUCUAGGCAGAUUUCACUGUAUAGACCUGUACCUAGGGGUGUAGUACCCCCCCCCACAAAACGUCACCUUGGGCCCUCUCGCCGGCCAAUAAGAUUCAUAAUGUAAUGUAUUCAUGGGCCCCUGUAUCUGCCGGGGUAUCUAUGGCCCCUACUGCACCCCCGUGUACUCCGAAAUGUCUGCUCGCACUCACCCACCCCAAAGCGACUUUCUCAGCUUCCAUUUCCGGCUCAUUUGACCUUUCACGUCAAAUUUCCCACUCUCCUCGCAGUGCCUCCAGUUGUACGAUAUCGCCCACGCGGUGUGCGUAUGUACGUGCGGGCGCGUGUGUGUGUGUGUGUUUGUGCACGUGCAUGUCCUUUCGCGAUCGUAUUUGCCUUAUCUUACAUACGAGCUCAUCCCCAUUGUAGAGAGAUUGCAAACUGAAAGCGACCGAAUCAGUCCCCUUCGCCUGAUGAAUGUUUUUAAACUGAUUAUCUAACGUGACUUGGUGCUGGGAGUGAGCAGUGCCGUGGAUGCAGCAGAAAAAGGAAGAUCUCUCAAUCUCUCGUUCCUAUUGCUCUUGUUUAUUUGCCCCAAAGAGCCCUGACAGUUGAGUUCUUUGUCUAGAGAGUAAAACACUUCAGAACGUUUGAUGCCAUGAUUUCAUGUCUUAUAUAUGAGUGUAUUUAUUUAUAUCUUGAUGUUUUAAGAUCUGUUCUUUCAUCAAAUGCUUGGUUACAGAUGAAAAUAACUCACCGACAAAGCGCCUUUCUGGGUUUAAACCAGCAAGUGGUCAUGAGAAAGAACCGGAAAUCCAAAAACAAAAGCAGACGUGUAUCUCGCUCCAGAGCCUGUAAAGCAUUUCUACUCUGUGAUGUAAAUACCGUGGGAUUUUUGAAAUACUUUGGAAUCUUGAUAUCUGUUUGUUCCUUAGGGGCCUCAUUUACAAAGCAUUCCGGGCCACGCAGCACUCUGAAACCUCCCAAAGCUGUAGCAACUUUAAAACCAACUAAUAACCUUAACAAACGCCUACGGGGGGGGUCGGAGUAACUGCGAUUUGGUGAUCUGCCUGUAAGAGGCUGCUUGUGUGGUGGGGGAUGCUCUGGAAAUGUGGCCUUUAUGUAUUGAUCAGUAUUCUUAGAUGUUAUCAAUUCUAGUCUUGUCAUUGUAUUUUGUUCUUUACAAAAUUGGAAAAAAAAAAUGAAAACAUUAAAGGACUGAUUGGA